AUAUGAAUACAUUUUGAUAUCCUUCUACCUCAUUUGUGGAUAACCCAAUCCAAAGGCUUGCAGUUUGCUCCUUCACUGCAAAAAUGGCUACUUCUUCUUCUUUAUCUUUCUUUUCUUCCACCAUUUUCUUCUCUAACUCCAACACCAUCCACUCCUCAAAGCAGCAGCAGAAGCACCUCAUUUUCAAAUCCAAACAACAGCAAUUCUCCAUCCGUUCAGAGGCCGCCGUCGCCGCCGCCACUAUUCCAAUUCUGUCCUUUGAUGGUACCGAAGUGGGCUCCACCACUCUCAAUCUAAAAUCCGCCCCUCUUGACACCGCACGCGCCGUCGUCCAUCGUGGGCUCACCACCGACCUCCGCAACCAACGCCGCGGUACUGCUUCCACCCUUACCCGAGCCCAAGUACGGGGUGGUGGUAUCAAACCAUACCCACAGAAGAAAACGGGUCGAGCUCGACGUGGGUCGAACCGAACUCCUUUACGACCCGGUGGUGGGGUUGUGUUUGGGCCGAAACCUAAGGAUUGGUCAGUUAAGAUUAACAAAAAGGAAAAGAGACUCGCUAUUUCUACUGCGCUUUCGAGUGCUACGCAGAAUGCUAUUGUUGUGGAAGAGUUUGAUGAUAAGUUUGAGAAACCGAAGACUAAGGAAUUCAUUGAUUUGAUGAGAAGAUGGGGAUUGGACCCAAAAGAGAAAUCUUUGUUUUUGAUGACGGAAGUUUCAGACAAUGUGAUUCUCUCCAGCAGAAACAUUAGCACAUUGAAGAUGUUGACUCCCAGAACUUUGAAUCUUUUCGACAUAUUGGAUUCUGAGAAGCUGGUUUUCACUAAAUCAGCUGUGGAGUUCUUGAAUGAACGAUAUGGAAAUGAUGAUGAUGAUGAUGACUGGGAGGUGGUGGACGAGGAAGAAGAAGAUGGUGGCGAGGUGGAGGAGAGUGCUGAAAGUUCUGAGUAAUAUAUCAACAUGGGGCGAAAAGGGUCUGUUCCAUUUUAGAGGAGGCUUUACCUUACAGGGAGCUUAGUAUAUUUCACUUUGAAUUGUAUUUUAUUGUAUGAUAAAACUAGGUGAUUUUGGUUGAUUUCCUGUCACUGACUGCAUUUGUCCAUUACCUUCCCUGG